CACACACGCACACACGCGCACUCUCACACGCACACGGAAAACCCAGACCAGCCGAAACAUCCCCAACCUCCGAGAGCGACAAUGGCAGGCAUGGGCGACUGCUCUGUGAAGGUGGCCCUGAGGAUUCGUCCUCAGAUGGCCAAGGAGAAGAUCGAGGGCUGCCACGUGUGCACAAUGGUCACACCUGGAGAACCACAAGUCCUGCUGGGAAAGGACAAGGCCUUCACCUAUGACUUUGUGUUUGACAUCGAAUCGGAGCAGCACGAAAUCUACCAGGCCUGUGUGCACAGGCUCAUCGAGGGCUGCUUUGAGGGCUACAACGCCACCGUGUUUGCCUAUGGUCAGACGGGUUCGGGGAAGACGUACACCAUGGGGACGGGCUUCGACGUGAACCUGGGUCAGGAGGACAAGGGCAUCAUCUCGCGUGCUGUUCACCAGCUGUUUGAGGGGAUCCAGAACAGGAGGGAGCGCUCCCAGGAGGCCGGCAACCAGCCCCCCGAGUUUAAAGUCAGCGCCCAGUUCCUAGAGUUGUACAAUGAAGAGAUCCUGGACUUAUUUGACGGAACCAGAGAUGCAGAAAGUCGAAGCAGGAAGUCCAACAUCAAGAUCCACGAGGACAGCAGCGGCAGCAUCUACACCACGGGAGUCACAUCCAGACUGGUUCACUCAGAGGAAGAGCUGCUGCAGUGUCUGAAGCUCGGCGCCCUGUCCCGCACCACAGCCAGCACCCAGAUGAACGCCCAGAGCUCCCGCUCGCACGCCAUCUUCACCAUCCACCUCUGUCAGAUGAGGGUCUGCAAGGAGCCGCAAAUGAAUGGAGAAGCGGAGAACGGGGAGGUGAACGGCGUGGACUCCAGCCCCAUCGCUCAGCCGGAGUUCGAGACACUGAUGGCCAAGUUUCACUUUGUAGACCUGGCUGGUUCUGAGAGACUCAAACGCACGGGAGCCACAGGAGAGAGAGCCCGCGAGGGAAUCUCUAUUAACUGUGGACUGCUGGCCCUUGGAAAUGUCAUCAGUGCUUUGGGCGAUCAGACCAAGAAGGGAGGUCACGUCCCCUACAGGGACUCCAAACUCAGUCGCCUGCUGCAGGAUUCAUUGGGAGGCAACAGUCGUACAGUGAUGAUCGCGUGCGUCAGUCCGUCGGACCGGGACUUCAUGGAAACGCUGAACACACUGAAGUACGCCAACCGUGCCCGAAACAUCAAGAACAAGGUGGUGGUGAACCAAGACAAGACCAGCCAGCAGAUCAACGCCCUGCGUGCUGAGAUCGCCCGACUGCAGUUGGAGCUGAUGGAGUACAAGGCGGGGAAGCGUGUGGCGUGCGAGGAGGGUUCAGAGGGGUUCAGCGACCUGUAUCAGGAGAACGCCAUGCUGCAGAGAGAAAAUGACACACUGCGCCUCAGGGUGAAAGCCAUGCAGGAGACCAUAGACCACCUCAAUACCCGAGUGACACACCUGCUGGCCAACGAGGUCAGCACCAUGCUGAACAAGUCAAAUGGCGGCAAUGAGGAGAUCGGGGCUUUAAUCCAGAAGUACAUUCGAGAAGUUGAGGAAAUGAGAACCAAGCUUCUCGAGAGCGAGGCCAUGAAUGAGUCGUUGCGACGGCAGGCGACCCGGCUCUCCUCCCGCUCAACGUUCCCUGCCUCCACUCUCAGCCCCGCCACGGGCCACCCCCCUGGCUCCUCCCCCGCCUCCAGGUCCAUGGAGGCUGAGUUGACGGACGUGUUGCGCCGAGCCAAGGUGGACAUCGAGAGGCUGAAGAAGAAGGAGCGAAGGCAGAGGAGGACGAGUCCGGAGCCGGAGAAGGGUCUGAAGAAACGAGUGAAGCUCCACGCUCAUGAGAAUGGUGAAAACGGGCUCAAUGGACAGAAUGGAGAGAUCGAUUCAGACGACAAUUACACUGAGGACAUCAUGUCUCCGCUGCAGGAGGAGAGCGGCUGUGAUGAAGAUGAGGGGGAGGAGGAGGAGGAGGGCAGGGAGGAGGAGGACGAGUUUGACAGCGACGAGAGCCUGGUGGAUUCAGACUCGGACUCGGAUGAGAAAGCUAACUUCCAGGCGGACCUGGCCGACCUGACCUGUGAGAUCGAGAUCAAGCAGAAGCUGAUCGACGAGCUGGAGAACAGCCAGCGGAGGCUGCUGAUGCUCAAGCUGCAGUACGAGGAGAAGCUGAUCCUUCUGCAGAACAAGAUCAGAGACACUCAGCUGGAGAGAGACCGUGUGCUGCAGAACCUCAUGUCCAUGGAGAACUACACAGAGGAGAAGGCGAACCGGAUCAAGCAGGAGUACGAGAAGCGUCUUAAGGAGAUGAACCGUGACCUGAUGAAGCUGCAAGUUGCUCAGAAGGAGCACGCACGUCUCGUCAAAAACCAGGGGAGGUAUGAACGGGAGCUGAAGAAACUCCAAGUUGAGGUCAACGACAUGAAGAAAGCCAAGGUGACUCUGAUGAAGCAGAUGAAGGAGGAGCAGCAGAGGAGGAGGAUAAUGGAGGCGAAGAGGAACCGUGAGAUCGCCCAACUCAAGAAGGAGCAGCGACGCCAGGAGUACCAGAUUCGGGCGCUGGAGUCUCAGAAGCGGCAGCAGGAGAUGGUGCUGCGCAGGAAGACGCAGGAGGUGACGGCCCUGCGGCGCCUGGCCAAGCCCAUGUCAGACCGCGUGGCCGGACGCGUGGCCCGCUGGAACCAGGGAUCUCUGGGUACUGACUCUGGAGCUGAGCUAUCAGCCAGCACCACGGCGAGCAGCUCCGAACCUGACACUGGGAGGUCGGUGAGCGGCAUGGUGAGACAGUGGAACAACAAGAACAAUGUGUUGGGAUACCUGGGAGAGAGCGAGGGAAGCAUGGAUGGAACCAGGGUCAUUGGCAGCAGGAAGAAGUUGCAGAGGAAGCCGGCCCUCCAGGCCAUGAAUGGAACAGCAGGCAGAACCAGCAGCUUCUCCAAGUCAGCCCGUCAGAAGUGGCAAACCCUGGAACGUCGCAUCAUGGACAUCGUCAUGCAGAGGAUGACCAUCUCUAACAUGGAGUCUGAGAUGGAUCGCCUUAUCAAGAAGCGAGAGGAGCUGACGGCCCAGCAGGAAGCACUGUCACAUAAAAGGGAGGUGCUAAUGGCAGAUGGGGAGGGACCAGAAGCAGAGGACCGCCUCCUACUGGAAAUUAAUGAGGACAUCGAGGUGCUGAACGCCAACAUAGACUACAUCAAUGACAGCCUGUUUGACUGCCAGGCCACCAUUGUACAGAUAGAGGAGACCAAGGAUGAGCUGGACUCGGUAGACACCUCUGUGGUGAUCAGCUCUUGUUCCUUGGCUGAGGCACGCCACCUGCUGGAUCACUUCCUGAAGGCCUCAAUUGACAAGAGUUUACAAGUGGCUCAGAAGGAGUCUCAGAUCAGACUACUGGAGGGCCAAUUGAGACAGACAGACGUGAUUGGCUCGUCCCACAAUCACGUGAUCCUUGAUGCUCUGCGAGAAAAGGCCGAGUACAUCCCUGAACUCCAGGCUCUCAUCCACAAUGUACAGCAGGAAAACGGUUAUACCAGCACAGACGAUGAGCCCUCUGAGUUCAGCCAAGCCUCUGACAGCAGUGUUUCUCAAAUAAAAGAAUCCAACAGCCAAGAGGAUUUCAAGACAAAGCGAUGCACAUUUCUCACCCAGAUGGAGCCCCGUCUGUCGGCUCAGAUGAAGGCGGUGUCUGCAGAGCAUUUGGGUCCCACGCUGGAUCCCUCAUCAGGCAGCAAGCAGCACAUCACCAAAUCCCUGGCCUCGCUCACCGACAUCCAGGAGGACGGCCUGAGUCUGGUGACAGGGAGCCAGGGACUCAGCCUGUCUGUGCGAGACCCUUACCACAGGGAGAGGGCAUCCCGCACCAUCAGUCUGCCUAUCAGGGGACACACCUUUCCCAGGCAGUCUCGGGGCUAUGACACUUCCCCGAUAACAAGGAGGAAAUCUUACGACCGCUCGUACAGGCCCACUGACGGCUACACCCCCCCCUCCUCCCCUCCUCUGAGGACGAGGAACGACCGCAACGUCUUUUCAAGGCUCACCAGCAACCAAACCCAAGGUUCUGCCCUGGACAAGUCGGAUGACAGCGACUCCUCGCUCUCCGAGGUGCUCAGGGGUGUGAUCAAUCCCAUCGGUGGUGUGAAGGGAGGUCGGACGGCGCCCCUGCAAUGUCUUUCUGUAGCCGAGGGCCAUUCCAAGCCAGUGCUGUGUGUGGAUGCUACAGAUGAGCUGCUAUUCACUGGAUCGAAAGAUCGCACAUGUAAGAUGUGGAACCUGGUCACAGGUCAGGAGAUCGCCACGCUCAAAGGCCACCCCAACAACGUGGUGUCGGUCAAAUACUGUCCCUCCUCCGGUUUGGUCUUCUCUGUCUCUACCUCCUACAUCAAAGUGUGGGACAUUCGUGACUCUGCCAAGUGUGUCCGCACGCUCACUUCAUCUGGGCAGGUGGUUUCAGGUGAUGCGUGUGCUGGUACCACAACCCGCACAAUAACGUUCGCCCAGGGGGAGUGCCAGAUCAACCAGAUAGCCCUAAACCCAUCGGGGUCUGUGCUUUACGCUGCUACGGGGAACAUUGUUCGCAUGUGGGACCUCAACAGGUUGCAAGCAAUGGGAAAGCUGACAGGCCACAUUGGCUCCGUCAUGUGUCUGACAGUGGGACAGUCUCUGUUGGGAAAAGACCAAGUAAUCACUGGCUCCAAAGAUCAUUACGUCAAGGUGUUUGAUGUGACAGAGGGAACUCUGGGUAAUGUUGGCCCAGCUCACAAUUUUGAGCCGCCGCAUUACGACGGCAUCGAGUGUCUGGCUGUGCAGGGAGACGUGCUGUUCAGCGGGUCAAGAGAUAACGGCAUCAAGAAAUGGGAUCUGGAGCAUCAGGAGCUCACUCAGCAAAUCCCUAACUCCCACAAAGACUGGGUGUGCGCCCUGGCGUACGUCCCGGGCCGGCCAAUGCUGCUGAGCGGCUGUCGGGGCGGCGUGCUGAAGGUGUGGAACGUGGACAACUUCAGCCCCAUAGGAGAGGUCAGGGGUCACGAAAGCCCCAUCAACGCCAUAUGUACCAACUCGAGACAGAUCUUCACUGCAUCCAGUGACUGCAGGGUGAAGUUGUGGACCUAUGUGCCUGGCUUGACUCCGUGUCUUCCUCGACGGGUCCUGGCCAUCAAGGGCCGGGCCACCAGCCUCCCGUGAUCUGCCUCCUCUCUGCUCACCAACCCUCCCCUCCUCUGUGACAAGACAGUGAAGAUCUGGUUGUCAAAGUUGUGGAGGAAGAGGUGACGACUGAACGACAACUGAAAUGAUGGUUUCCAUUGUCAACAACCACCUCAAGUAAUGAGAUGCGACACUGAAAUCACAGUUUCCAAGGCAAUGAAGGUGUUUUUUUUUCAUUUUCAAAAUGAUAGAGCCGAUGUGGAAUAUUUUUCCAAAGGCAAAAGACUCUUUGCCUCUCAGAUUUUUUUUUUUACUGCCAAUUUGAAAGUGCCAUUCAGGAGGUGAUGCUAUUUGGACCAGACAAACCACAUCUUCCUCGCCAUGGAUACACUAGGCAGAACGAUAUUUCUCCUCGCAUCAAAUCUGUCUCGGGUGGAAAGGAAGAGAUAAAAGUGUCCUUCUGUUCUUUCACUAAGGUUUCAGAAACCUUGCGGAGCAGUUAGAGAUGAACGUGUGUAUUCAUGCACCGUCUGAACGUGGAGAUAUGGUCCGGAUUUAGAUCUCCGAGCGACGCUACCUUAGAAAUGGAGCUUCUGGUUUCCAUAAAAGACUAUUUGUGCUCAUUAGUGUUGUGGUUGUUCUGACACUGAACACACUGGACGCUCAUACCCUGUGUGUUUGUUGCAGUGGAUAGUUUUAAUAUCACUGGAGAAUUCCCCUGUACAUCACUGGAACCUAACUGCAUUCAACAAGUCCUGUUUUUUAAUGUAUUGUAUUUUAUUAAUUUAUUAUUUUCCCUACCUCAGUUGUUCUGGACUUCGGUGUGAGGUGGGAAGGAAACUUUUUACGGGUCUCCGUGCACAAAACACCUGGUGCUUGACCUCUUGAAGUCUUCAUAAAAUGCCCAGCUCUUCGUCUCUGUGUGGAUGUGUCCUCUGUGGCCCUCGGGCUAUCAGUCUAGCUGCUGACCUCGCAAACAGCAAAGCACACGUCCAGUAGCACAACUUAAUGUAGCACUGGCCCCCAGAGAAUCUGACCAGGCUGUAUUGUCUGCUCUCUGAAGUGCUAACUGGCAAAAAAAAAAAAUAGGAAACACCGUGCACAUGGCACAAAUAGUGCACACCUGCAGUACACAUGCCUCAAACAUUUGUGCGUUAGGUACUCCGUGGUGGCCAACGUGCCAGAUCAUAAUCUCAACCAUCCUACAGUGGCACCUACCUUCCAUUUGUCCUCCAGGUAAACGCUUGCUCUCAGCUCCUCUCUUAUCUUUAAAGUUAGUGACGGUGAUGGACUGAUCAGCCGUACCCAACAGUCCACCUCCUUCCCAGCUACUGAACUUCUCUGGGAAAAACCAAUUUAAUUAGAGGUCUCGCAGCUUUACCGGCUGCUUUUCAGGCAAGAUUACUUGGGUGAAAGUAGGUCAUAUAACUGAGAGGGAUUUCUAUUUAAAAUCCCACUUUUCUCCCACCCACUCUUUGCUGCUACAUUUCAAGACGGGGAGAAACUUCCUCUACAAAUCUGUUUAUGUGGCUUGCCCACACAUGUGCACAAACUGCAGACACACACAAAAACACAAGAUUUCACCAGAGGGUUCGAUUAUAUAUCUUGCCUGACAGGUGUUGAAACCCCUCACUGUGGUGAUUUAGUGUCUUUUUAAUGAAGCAAAUUCAGCACUGCAGCAGUCACAUGCUGUGCACGUGCAUACAUAUACUCACCUUCAUGCAACAGUAACAAAACAUCACUUCAAUUAUCUUUUUGCUGUCUGACGCCUGAAGCAUUCACAUUUCUUUAGGUUUAUGAACUUCAUUUACUCCAAAAUGACAAACAUACAGAUGUCUUAACACUGUAAAAAAUAACCUCAUGUCCGUUAGCAUCACAGUAUCACAGUUACCCCUUUUAUUUACCUCUGAAAUCCCCCCCUCUGUAGAAAAACAAAUAUGUUGGUGAUUUAAUGCCCUGAUAAAAGACCCAGAAACAUAUGUAGUUAAGUUGAAAAACAGUUUGGAUCAUAAAGCAGCAGCAAAAAACUGUAGCUGCGGAAGUUUGUAAAACUUUCGGUUCGUUGUCUUCAAUAAGUGAGUACACACUGCUGAUGUUUGACGUAUCCAAUGUGGGUAUCAAGCUGCUGACACUCUCUAAAAGCAAUGAUGUGGGUUUUGAUUUUAUAUUGGGGUGGGGGGGGGCUAUGGAUGCAAACGUGUGGAUGGGUGGCGAUUUGUUGAAGCAUUUUUGUUUUAAUAUUUUGCUACACUUAGAAUCUCAGGUAAUGGUUGAAGGAUAAUUUUAUUCAUUUGUACGUCGUGACUCGACCCUGUGAAUUUAGGUAGCUCUUGGAAUCGACCAAAUGCCUUGUUUGAGACUUUUUUUUUUUUUUUACUUUGAGAAAAAGAGGUACUAUCAGUGUAUCACCCCUUGUUUUGUAAAAUACUUAUUUUGAUGUUUUGCUUUUGCAUUUGACUCCCUUUACUUAUUAUAUAUGUACUGUACCUUUUUGUACAAAAUGUAAACAUCUUAAAUGACUAUCUUCCCAAAUCUGGCCAAAGCUGAAAGACUUGCCACUCUGAGAGAUGUGCACUGAUUUCUGACCAUAGUUACUUGUUUGACAUAUGUUAUUAUUUUUGUGUAGCGGUCUGUCUGGAGUGAGUGGUACAAAGUGUGAUCAGUAGGCAAAUGAACCUGCGUAACACAAGGGGUUGUUUACUUUAACCUAAAGUCAGACUCCACUGGGCCCUUCACUGUACACUAUGGAUUUGUCUGUGCCAAUUCGCCAAACUGACGAGCUCGUGCUGUGUUUCAUGUGAUAAGAAAGCUAAAACAGCCUUAAUCUCUUUAUUUCACCCAAACAGACUCCUAUUUAUUGCUUGAGAAGAUCUUGUACUGUAGCUUUAGGCUCUCUCUCUCUCUCUCUCUCUCUCUCUCUCUCUCUCUCUCACGUGUUCCCCUGUGCCUGUAUAUUUGCUGUAGGAUGCAUGACAUUAGAGGCUCUCGUCCGUUGCUUGGACAUCUCAAAACUCAAAGCAGUUCAUUGGGCGAUACCUUCCUCCUUAUAUUGUAGUAAUGUAGAACACCGAAGGGGGAACUACCUUUGAAUUUCAGAAUAAUUUGUUGGUAUUCCGAAUGUGAUUGACAGUCUAUUAUUAUGUGUAAAAUGUAGUGUUUCACAAAAGAGGCUCCCGGGUCAAAUGACUCUCACUUUAAAUGUGAAACCCGGGUGAACGCACUAAUUGGGCAAGACAGGGAGGUGAGAGAGCGCCUCGGUGUUCAGUGCAUUAAUGACGAUGAACGUGAUGCAUCCGGGGAAAAUCUGAGAUACAAGCACCUCUGCUGGCAGUGGGAAAGGAGUCGAUUGCCCUUUUUAGCAGGUUUACCCAUGUUUAAAAAAAGCUAUGCAUACCCGCUAAAUGUGGUGUAAAAGAUGUAUUAUUAUAGCCAAACAGAAGCCCUGUCCUAUCAGCUCCACCCAAAGUUGCCCCAAGCUGUGAGACCUGGAUUUCAGGCGAUGUCAGCUCCACUUCAUGACUUAAUUAAGUGUAAAUAUGUGUCAAAACCGUUUCUUUUAUUACAGAGCUGUUGCAGUUGAGGUUAACUCACUUCUGCCUCAUCAGUUGGCCUCAGUGUAACCUCUUCAUGUUAGGAUUUACAUGCACUUUGGAUUAUGAACAUUGCUGUGAAUACUGAACAAGAUAUGUAUUGAGCCUAGUUCUAGACUUAGUUUACAAAGACUGAAUUGAAGAGUCCCAAACAAGGCUCCAACCACUGACAUUGUAUUGAGAGAACACACGUGUUUAGAUCUACUGUAGCUUUAGAAUUGAGUGAUAAUAAUGUUUGUGCUGAUGCAACAUGUAAGAUAACAGUAAAGACGUAGACUCUCCCCAGUGUGUCCCUGUCUUUAAAGUCUCCUUUUUUAGAGUAGAUGUUAUGCAAGUUGAGAACUUUCAGUUUUGAUUGAGCAGCAUGCAAACCUCUGUGGAUGCUCAGGAGACUCUGACGCUACGGUGCACAACUGAAGUUAUGUCCCUUACACCUGCUAACAUCUAACGGCAGUUAGUAACUUAAAUUGUGCAGAAGCGUCCAAGGGAUAUUCAUCAUCUUGUCCUAUUUUCUAAAACUAUCCGUCCCUUUCUGUCUGCUGGCUUUCAGAUAUUUGACUUGAUAUCAAUCACCACAAACUGGCCAUAUUCAUCUCUGAACAAUAUACCUGGAAACACUGGAUCGUGAAAUCCAAUCUGUUUCUACUGCAGCAGUCAACUACAGGGAUAAAUCAUACAUGAUUAAAUAUCCUUUCAGGAAAGGAUUGCACACGUAGUGAGUGUUAUUUGAUCAAUAGCCCUCCAAUCCCAAAUGAUUUCACCAGCUGGUGGCAAGUUUCUUCGGCCAAGUUUCAGUCAAAAAAAUCGAUUGUAUAUUCAUGUUACAAAUAUUAGCAUCUGGUUUAAAUUAGGAAGCUUUUUAACCAAAGCUAAAAAUCACAGAGAGCUGAUUGCCUGCUCUUUUAAAGUGAUUGUGAUGUUUAAUUUUGAUGCCCCCUAGAGGUAAAUUAAAAAAGACCCAGUGGGAAACUGUGUAUUAAGCCGCGGAUCUCAACUGGGCACACAAAAUUAACUAUUAUUAUAAACCCGACCCCCUGACUUGCUGUUGAUGUGUGUGUCAUUUCUUUAUGUUUUUGGACAGCACACACAGUUUAUUAAUAAUAAUAAUAAUAAUAAUAAUGAUAAUAAUAAUAUAGCACCUUUAAAAACAAAGUGCGUAAAAGGUGCUUUACAAAGAAGACAAAUAAAAACAAGAAUAUAAAUACAUUGAAGACCAAAAGCAAACUAAUACAUCCCAACGAAAUGCAAAAGAAAAGGAUGAAAGAAACAUAGUAAUAACAAGCACCUGUGUAACACGCAGCUAGAUUUCUUGACAUGCAGAUGUUUGCAGCUUAUGUUAGACCUUUAAAUUCACACAGUUGGCACAUGCCUUUAUCUAAUGGAAGCAGAUAAACACAGUGUUACAUUCCUUACACUUUUGCUCAAGUCUCUUUAAACAAUUGUAAAAUCAUUGCGUACAUUAGAUCCACUUCCAUAUUGUUUGAUCAUGUAAAGAAAUCCAAAGCUACACAUGCCAAACCUAAUUACAUUUGCUAAGCUAUGAUUGGACAAUCCCUGUUCAGGGGCAGGAUUUAGUGAAUGGUCUUAUCAGAAAACAUGGACUGCUGAAAGUUCAGUGCACAGUGGCUUUAAUCAGUCUGUCUCCUCGUCAAUAUUGAUCCACAGAGCAGAGUCAAGCUGUCAGUCAAACCGACUGUUAUUCAACCCCUCUACCACUUCCCCAACCAGCCCAACCAUCGUACGACUACUAGAAAAUAAAAGCUUCAGUAGUCAGCGUCUCAGCUUCAGCCUCGUGCCUCAGCCAACAGGCUCCACUGCCUUAAAGAAACAGAAUGUGUGUGUAGGACAUUGAUAAUCGUUCACUUAAUACCCUGAAUCUGUCCGUAUUCAGAGGAUUGUAGAUUGUCCUGCAGAUUGUGGAAUUCUGUUCUAAGUGGGAUGAUGUCUCCGCUCACCUUUUCAUUGUGGCUGAGAAGACUUUCAACAUUGCCUCCGGCUGCUGAGUGGAUGGGAUCGCAUUUAGACACAAUGGAGAGGGCUGCUGAUCAACAGGGCACUUCGCCGCUCUGCAGAUCGCCUGUGAAUCUCUAUCACACGGCAACACACGUCUUCUCUGCAGCUGCUCAAGUAGUUUUUUCCUCCAGGUGCGUGUGUGUGUGGUAAUACAAUAUGUGACACUGUCUGUGAAAUAUGUACUCAUGGGACAUAAAUGCAGGGUCAAAGGUCAUGUGUGCCUUUUAUUGCACAGACUCCUCCCUCUUAAGAGUGUAAAUGUGUCUACAGUUUUUUUUAUGUAUAUGACAAUGUGCAUGCAGCCAAGCCAUGUAAAAUAUGUUUUACCUGUAAAUAAUGUACAUACAUAUUUAAUGAAGGAUACGACAUUCCUUCAAGAAAAUAAAUGCUGUAAGUUGAAAA